UUUGAUUUUGAGUUUCAAGAAAUGGCUCAGCUAACUCAAUGGAAAAUUGCUCUGACAAUCAGAAAAGAAAAUCGGAAAUAGUUUUACAGCAGACUCGAUACGCUUCGCUGACUAGAUCGGCACUCGAUUUCAUAUCCACUCGGCAGAUGGUCGGAUAUCGUGGUGUGGGCAUAGACAAUGUAUUUUUUUUUGCCGUACAUAUACGUACGGUACGGACAGCAGGCAGUCAGCUAGUAGGUAAGUAGGUAUAAUACACACAAGCAAAGCAACGUCUCUCGUAUGCUCUCUCUAGUGAAAAAAUGUAGUAAAAAGUAAUAAUAUUUAUAUACUUUUCUUAAAGAUUAAACUAAAUGUAGGCCGAAUUGUGAGUGUGUGUGAAUUUUGCGCCACGCAGGAUACUUAUAGGAACCAGAAGACUUUAAAUAAACCACCAAGUUAAAAUGCCGUCUACACACCUGAACCUGCGAGAGGACGACGUCGUGCGGCUUGCCCUGGAGUUCCUCCACAACAGGGACCUGCACAUCACCCAGCUCUCCCUAGAGCGCGAGACCGGCGUCAUCAACGGCAACUUCGCGGACGACGUGCUCUUCCUCCGACAGCUUAUCCUCGACGGCCAGUGGGACGACGUACUCGAGUUCAUCCAACCUCUAAGCGCUCUAAAAGCUUUCGAAGUGGAUAAAUUCAAUUACGCUAUCCUCAGACAUAAAUACAUAGAACUCCUCUGCAUACGAUCAGAAAUAAAAGCCUACAACAAUGUCGAAAACAUUGUCGACGAGGUAGUAAAAGUGCUAAGCGAUUUAGAAAAACUAGCGCCCUCUAAAGAAGAAUACUCAAAUUUAUGUUUACUAUUAACUUUACCUAGCAUUACUGAUCACGCACAAUUUAAGAAAUGGAAUCCAAGCAAUGCUCGCGUCCAGUGCUUCCGCGAGGUUUACCCUCUAGUAGAACAAUUUUUGCCGUGCGACAAGAAGUCAACCGGUACUGUAUCUAAGUGCGCGAAGAACGAUCGACUCAUGCAACUGCUAAUAAAGGGUAUAUUGUACGAGUCCUGCGUUAAUUAUUGUCAGGCUAAGGCUACAGGGUCUAAGGAGGCGCAGUCGAACGAGGUAAAUUUUUCUAGAUUACUGGACGGUUCGGGAUUUGACGAGUCUGAUUUGAGUUUGCUUUCAUGGCUGCAAUCGAUACCGGCGGAAACGUUCAGCGUGCCUUUUGAACAACGAAUGCUGAAUGUUGAUGUGGAGAAAUUGGAGCGUCCGUCGCUGCAUACGUCGUGGACAGAGCAUAUGUUAGUGACGCCGAUUAAGCCUCGAACGUUCCCUCAUUUGGCGAUGCCGUUUAGGAGGCCGCGCUCGGCCGCCGACGCCAUGACGCGCUCGCUGCGCCCGCUGCCCGACGGUGCGCCGCGCCACCCGGCCGUUAUGGCCUUGUCCGCUAUCGACUACGGCCCGUCUUCGUCGUGUUUCGCCGGUUUCCAUCUGACAGGAAUAAAAGGCAGCAAACUGAUGAAUACUUCCGUCGAUCGGUUGUUUGACAAUAAUAAUGGUGGUAGCAUUUUCGACAAUUUGGAUGAUACGUUGAAACCGAUCGAGGAGAAAUUGAAGCCAAUCGGAGAGGGAAAAACGAAUGAAGGGAAUAGCGUUGGUGCUUCAAACGCGACGACGCCUGAGCACAGAGGGCAGGAUUACUCGGCCUCUACGUCUAUAUCAACCACCGCGGCGUCGACUGAACGUUCGUCUUUGGCAGAGCGGACGCCGCAGCAGCCUGAGUCGGCGCUGUUACCCGCGAUGGAGGGAGACUUUAGAAGAGAACUGCUCAAAGAGUACCAGAUUCAGAAGCAACGUGAAUGCGACGAUUAUCUCCGAAAUCUUUGCUCAGCAGAUGCGAGACAAAAAGGUAUGGAGCAAGGUGAUUCUCCAGGCCAGCCUCCUGGAGCAAAGUACCCGCCAGGCGGGCCCCCCAAGCCGGACCACCAAUACAUGAGGAAAAAUGACAACGACGAGUCGGAUGUUAGAGAACAGAUAAAUGCACAAAACAGAAAUGGCGGCCAUGGUCUACCCAUGUCGGCGGGCAACAUGGUCGGAGCCGAGGUGAACGGCUCCCGGCCUACAUUCAAGCCUGUGACUGUGCUCGAAGACCUUCAGGCAGUGCGGUGCGCCGAGUUUCACCCCAACGGGAAACUGUACGCCGUCGGCUCCAACACCAAAACCCUCAGGAUAUGCACCUAUCCGAAGAUAGAUGAUAUCAAAGAAAACAGCGCACCGGCUGCUCCGACAGUGCUGCUCAAACGCACCAAACAUCACAAGGGCAGCAUCUACUGCCUGGCAUGGAGCCCGGCAGGAGACCUUCUCGCGACUGGCUCCAACGACAAGACCGUCAAGCUGAUGCGGUUCAACAGCCACACCUGCAACCUGGAAGGCCAGGAGGUGGAGUUGACGAUGCAUGACGGCACAGUAAGAGACGUGUGCUUCAUAGAGGACACGACCAACAAAACCAGUCUGCUAGUGAGCGGUGGCGCCGGCGACUGCAAGAUCUACGUCACUGACUGCGCCACUGGCAAGACUUUCCAGGCACUAAGUGGUCACUCCGGGCACGUGUUGUCACUGUACAACUGGGGCGGAGCGAUGUUCGUGUCUGGCAGCCAGGACAAGUCGGUCCGCUUCUGGGACCUGCGGACGGGGGGCUGCGUUAAUGUCAUUUCGCCGCCCGUCGGCAGUGCUACCAAGGGUGCAGCCGUGGCGUCUCUGGCGGUGGACCCGUCCGGCCGCCUCCUCGUGUGCGGGCACGACGACGGCUCGUGCGCGCUGCACGACGUGCGCGGUUCCCGCGCGCUUCAGCGGUUCACUCCGCACUCGGGCGACGUGCGCAGUGUGCGGUUCUCGCCUGGCGCUUAUUAUCUACUCACAGCUGGUUACGACACCAGAGUCGUGCUCACAGAUCUUCAGGGUGAUUUGACCUGCGCCUUGCCGAGCGUUCCCGUGGCCCGGCACCCCGACAAGGUGAUCUCCGCCAGAUGGCAUCCGGACGACUUCUCGUUCCUUUCGACUUCUGCAGACAAGACCGCCGUGCUGUGGACUAUACCGCCGGUUUAACUCCUCCGGUAUCCGGGUCGUACUAACACUAAAAUAGUACAUUACGAUACAAGUGCGAAAAAUAGGAAAUUCGAAACGAGUGGCGAUAAAUUAAAACACGACCGAAGGGAGUGUUUUAAAUCGACACGAGUUGCGAAUUACCUAUUCGCACAUGUAUCGUACAACGUUUUACAGUACAUAUGGCCCUUUAAAUGUUCGACACAGUAACAUAAUAUGCUACUUCUCGCACUAGUGCUAUAAAGUAGCCCCAUAUGUACUGUAAAGGCACUUUCCUGACUUGAUGCGGAACCGGCAAAAAAAGGCGAUUGUCCUCACUUACACCAAUCAGGAAAAAAUACUGCGUACUGUUUCGAUUACACACUGACAAAUCAGGUGAGGGCCUAAAUUUCUUUAUCCUGAGCUAGCAGUCAUCGUAUCAUGUUUCAUAAUUUCUCAUUAUUAACAAAAGGUCCACGUGCGGGUCGAAGUCGCACUAUAAGUUGUGCUUGCCUCACCGAUGCCAAAAUUUAAGGACACUUUACGGUUUACGGUUGUGAACUAUAUUGGCAUAUAGCGCUUCUGCCGUAGUUUUGGUCUGGCAAAAUUGUUGAUAUUUUAUGUCCUCAUAUUUUGGGAAUGAGAAAGGCAAAUUAGAAAUGUAAUCUUGAAGCGUAAAGAAAGAAUAAGAGUUUUAGCUCUUAAAUAUAUGAUGAUAGUCCAUUGUUUGUGAGUCGAUUUGUCGGUUUCCGUAUCAAAAAGUCAUCAUACUGACAUCACGACGACCACAUAUGCACGAUAUGGACAUACGCUACGCUUGAUAUGGAAACCCACACAAAUACUGGUUACUAUGGCUACAGUCAACUACGGCCAAUUAAAGGAGGGCCAAGCUCUUUAUAAUAUAGAUCAAAUACGAGCUGUUUAUGGGAUAUUUUAAUUUCAAUUUCAUCAAUUUCACGUGUAACGUCCUGUAAUAUAAUAUAGGCAAUGCUAAAUUAUAUGUUCUGUAAAUAAAUUACGUUUAAAAUUUUAUACGAAAGAUUUUACGAAGGGUGUCUCGGGAAUUCAAUUUGGCGAAGUGAUCGAUUUUUCGUAAAUGGCGGGAGCUCUGCCGCCUGUAGAAUUGCCCUACCAUUUAAUGUCUGUUUCGUAUAAAAUUAUUUUAUGCUACAGAUUUAAACGCUGGUUGAUAAACGUGGAUCAGUUUUAUGAAUUUGUACGGGAUGUUAAGAGAGCUCUACCCACGAUCAAUUCUCACAAGUCAAGUUCUGUCAAGUCAGUUAUAAUUGUGAACCUUCGUAAGAAAUAAUAACAUGUUACAUCCUUACAACUAUCAGUUUUAACUGUGUAAACACGAUUCUGUGAAAACUGUUAUUUAAAACUGAAUGUGAUGGCCAGUACCUAUAAAUGAUAUAUUGCAUCCAGUGAUUUGAAACUGUACUCACGGUUCGGUUUCUAAAGACUUACGCCCGGGUGUGUUGUUUACUACCGUUUACCGAUACGAGUACUACAUCGCAACAUUCAAAGGUUACAUUUUACAAAUGUUGUUAAAAUAAAUCGAAUGUUACGAUUUCUCUUCAUUUAUAUGUAGUUUGUAUAUAGUAUUUAUAACUCUUCCAUUAUUUUAUGAUGUUUCUGUGCCUCGAAUUGGCGUUUUUUUCUUACUUUCAGGGAAUAAUGAAAGCAUUUUAGUAGAAACACAUCUUUCGAAUUAGCAGUUCUAUGUUUGUUUCGUUCCAUAUUGCUGAACAAAUUAUUUAUACGAAAUUUGUUAUUACAAGUAUAAACUAUUGUUUAUACUGAUGAUUCCAUGAGCUAAGAUUUUAUUAAUCGAUCGAUACUAAGCUACAACCCCGCGAUAACACACAAAGUUAAACUUGACAUUUUAGCAUGUUGAAAUAAUAUUCAAUGUAAAAGGUGCAAGUAUGUGUUAUAUUUAAUUUGUUUUACCACAAUAUAUAUUCAACAAAUAAAUAAGGUAAAUUCACGUAUUCUGUUUAUUAUUUGUGGUGCUGUUCUAAAUUUGAGAUGAUACUGUGUCAUUGCGGGCCUAAGUAUAGUAGUAUAGUUUAACAGUAAAAUAUGUAUUAAUCUUAUUUAACUCCCAUAGUAGCAUUUUGUAUUGUUAAAUACAUAAUGUUAAAGAGUUGUACGUAUUUUACUUGAUUUAAUACUUAUUUCUGUAGCUCUAUUUUAAUAUAUAUUGCAUGUAUGUACUUGUGUGUGUACACUUAACAUUUUAAUGUAAAUUUACAUUUGGCUUCUUUUAUUAUUGUUUGCUACAAAUACGUAAAAAGAUCAAAAAAUGGUUAGAGAUUUUUUAUGUCAUGUCUUAUUGUGAAUUAUAAAAACAAGUUCAUUGUGAGGUACAAAUGAACUGUAUAAGUAUUUAAAAGAUUGUCUAACCAUUUCUAAAAAGACAAACGACUCACUUGUCAAAAUACAUGGGAAAGCAUUGCUUUACUUCUGUUUGGGUUUUAAAUCUUUGGUAAUGUGAUGUGUUGCGAUGUGCUGUAAAAUGCUUCUAGCUUUAUUUCUGUUUAUAGAUGUUAAAGACAAAAAGCUUUAAACACAAAAAAUCUUUAUUUUUAUAUACGUAAGUAUUUAUGGAGCUUGCGUAGUGAUUAUCUUGUCACAAAUAGGAAUAUUGAUAUAUUUUGCUUUUUAUUUUAUGUGUUUUUAAAUUAUUUGACUAUACGUUUUUGUACAUUGAAUCUCAUUUUGAAAAUUACUAGUAAUAAAAAAACAUGAUAUUUUCUUAAAGAGGAAUUUAAGUUCGCCCUCUGGACUAAUACCAAACAGAAUUGUCACCCAGUGGAAAAGUUAGGUCAGAUUUAAUCAAGAACAUUUCCAGUCUCAUUUUAUUAGCUUCCAUGCUAAUAAAAAUUCAAUCCGUCAUGUAUUAUAUUACACUUUUUAUUGUUCAUCUAUUUUAUACUUUACUUUCAUUGUUUGAAGGUUUAUUUUUCAUUCCCCUUGUCAAUGUCAUAAGUAUUUUACUAUAAUACGAGUCGUGUUGAGUACGUGCUGUAUAGCGUGGUCCGGUCGUUUUUGCUGAUUUUGGUCUGAAUUGAAGCGACAGAUUAGCGGAUUAAAUAUAUUUUGAAAAGCUAGCAAGUCUUUAGAUUAGUAAGCGAAUUUAAUUUCGUUCACCACCAUAGGUAGUCCAUAUUUUAAAUAAAAAGAGCUUUUGCGGUUUUGGUGGGAAUUGUUCACUGGUUAGUUUUGACGGUUAAUAUGCUUGAAUUUCUCCAUUCGGUCACUUUAUUUACAGUCAAUACUGCUCGCGAACAUUGUAAAUAAUUGCGAAAACGUGACCAGAACUGCAAAUUAAAUUGCACUUCAAAAUAAAUGCGUCAUUUCUUUUCGUUAUUGUCACGUUCAUUCCAGCUACAAUAAAUCAACUGUAAACGUCGCUUUAAAGUUAAUUGUUACGAGAUAUUCAAUUUUAGUAACGACAUUCAGUUGACCUACUCAUCUCUUAGGUUUCUUGAAGGUUGUCAUCAUUAAGAGCCUGUGCUAAAUAUGUUUGAGUCAAACUUUAGGUUAAGCGAGGCCUCUCCAGAGUACGUACACAGACGGAUCAGCACGUCGUACUGGGGGCAAGAGAGGCGCUAAGCCCUCGACCAUUUGCUUAGAAUCGUAAGGGCACCUAUGGUGUUAAUAAUUAAUAAAUAAAUAAUUGUAUUAAUGACAAUCUUAAAGAUUAUAAUAUGACGUACCUAAAUUAUUAAUAUAAAUGUACUGCAAUCUAAUUGUAAACGACUUUGCACAAAUUUAAUAACUAAUAAUUAUUAAAUUUACUUUUUCAUGUUGUGCUAGUUAAUAAUUUACGUCGAGCAAGUACUUAUAUUAAGUAGUGUUUGACAAAUGGAAGAUUAUUAAAAUACUUGUUUUAAUUAUUAUUAUAUUUGUGCUGAGUCAGCCAUUAUUGCACAUAAUGUUAUUAUGUUUAUAGUAUAUAUAUUUUAUGAACGAAAAAUGUAUUAAUAAAUUUUAAUUUUUAUUGACAGAUAAUCGAUGCUUUAGUAUUUUAACUUACCCAAAUGUAGUAUAUAUAUAUUUUAUGGACGACUAAUGUAUUGAUAAACAUUAAUUUUUACUUGACAGAUAAUCGAUGCUUUAGUAUUUUAACUUACCCAAAUGUACGAGACUUAAGUUAACAGAAUUGAUGAAAACAUUGUCAAACUGGAAUUCGUUAACAAAAUGUAUCCGUUAAUUAUUUAAGAAUAUAAUCACAUUAUUUACUUA